AUGAUGAUCAUUGGCGAUCAAUAUGGCUUUUAUCAGCUAGUAUUGAGAAAGCAUGCUUGCAGACUUCGCUAUAUCCUUCACCAACUAAAUUCGGGCCAAUUACCUUUGGAGGAUCUUAAAAGAAAUAUUGAAUAUGCAGCUCUCGUUCUUGAGACCGCUUAUAUGGAUGAAACUAGACGAAUAUGUGAUGAAGAUGAUGAUUUGGCAGAGGUAACACCUGAAGCAGUGCCUGAGGAAGUUAGGGAGUGGUUAGCGGCUACUUUUACAAGACAAGCAGUUCAAUCUAAAAGAGAAAAGCCAAAAUUUAAAUCUGUUGCUAAUGCAAUAAGAACUGGAAUAUUUUUUGAAAAAAUAUUUCGGCGCACUCAAGUUGUAUUGGCUCCAAUACCAAAUGAAUAUAAAGGAUAUUUACGUAAUAUAAAUAAUUGGAAUUUUAGUUCAUUUGAGUUGGAUGAAUUUACAAAUGGACAUGCAUUAAAAUAUGUUGGAUUUGAAAUUUUUAAUAGAUAUGGAUUUUUGGAAAGAUUCAAGAGUACUUUAACCGAUUUGGAGUUACUUGCUGUUCUUUUUGGUGCAUUAAUUCAUGAUUAUGAACAUACUGGCCAUACAAAUAAUUUCCAUAUUCAAUCCGGGUCUAAUUUUGCACUUGUAUAUAAUGAUAGAAGCGUUUUAGAGAAUUAUCACGCUAGUUCUGUAUUUCGAUUGAUGAAAGAUGAAGAAAAAAAUAUUUUUGAAAGAUUAUCGAGAGAUGAGUUUCGUGAUAUUCGAAAUAUGAUUAUUGAAAUUGUGUUGGCAACAGAUAUGUCAACCCAUUUUGUACAAAUAAAAACUAUGAAAAAUAUGCUAACGCUACCAGAAGGAAUUGAUAAAAUGAAGGCUCUAUGUCUAAUUGUACAUGCCUGUGAUAUGACUGAGGGCGUUUUAGAGGAAUUUUUCCGUCAAGGUGACCUCGAGGCAUCUAUGGGACUUCCAUAUUCCCCUCUUUGCGAUAGACAUACAACACAUGUAGCAGAGUCACAAAUUGGUUUUAUAGAUUUUAUUGUUGAGCCGACAAUGGUUGUAUGUGGUGAAAUGCUUACAAAAAUGGUUGAACCACUUGUUUCCCUUCCCUCAUCUGACUCUCUUUUCCCUCCCGGACAAAAUGCUGCAGAUGGCGAUGGAAGUGCGUCUGCUACUUCGUUAUCUCCAUUGCCUCCUGAUUUGUACUUGAAAUCUCGAGAUAUUUUUUACAAAGAGUUUUAUUUUUAUAGGAAAUCUCCAUCACCUGGCAAUCCAGUAUCUGUUCGAAAAAUUCCUAUCAACUAUUUUGGAAAGUUGGAAAUCCCUAGUCCAUGGAUUCGACAUUUACAAGAGAAUAAAAGCAAUUGGCGAGAACGGGCAGUAAAAGAAGAGGCAGAACGUAAUCGAAUCCAACAAGAAAAACUACAACAACUCACUAAUGGGCACACAAAUUCAACAGAAAAUGGUGGUGAAUUAGUAGAAGACCACUAA